GUUAUUUCUUGACAUCGAUUAUAAUCAAGCAGAAAGCAGAAGCGUGGCAGAAGCGUGUUUCAUGUAAAGUGAGGUUAAAAUAAGGUUUUAAUCUUGUUUUCUAUAUUAUUUACUACAUAGAACUUAUUAGAUGGUGUUAAAAGUUCAAAAACAACAUGGAUGACACUGAAAAAAGACCGCAAUUUGGAAACAGACACCUACUGGAUAAAAAUGACACCUUUCAGCAUAAUGCGUGGGACAACGUGGAGUGGAAUGACGAACAGAAGGAGAGAGCAGAGGCUAAAGUGAGUGAACAGAUGAGUCAGUUGAUAGACGAACAACGUCAAAAGGAAUUACAAGAUGCAGCUGAUAAAAGUUGGGAUUCGUUCUACAGUAUACACCAGAAUCGAUUUUUCAAAGACCGUCACUGGCUUUUCACGGAAUUCCCAGAGCUGGCACCAAAUCUGGACCAAGGAAAACCGGAAAAUUCAGAAACAACAGCGACUGAUUCCGAAAACUCCACGAAACUGGAUGAAAAUUUGGAAAAUAUUACUACAAAACUAAAAACAUCGACAAGUUUAGUGAAGGAUUGUGAAAAAGUUGUUGAAAACACUUCAGGAAAUUGUCAAACGAAAAUAGGGGGAAAUUCGGACAACUAUACAAAACGUUCAGUUGCAGAUUCGGAGAAUUCUUCGACAAAUUCACAAAAUUCGUCAGCAGAUCUAGGGCGAAAUUCGGCUAACUUGUCUAAAACUUCAGUUGAGAAUACGGAGAAUUUUUGUGAUACUUCGAGUAGUUUACGUGUUGAUCACGGGAAUAUUUCAAGCAAUUCUGGAAGAUCAACACAAUCUGACAGUGUCUUGACAAAAACUUCAGUUGAGAAUUCGGAGAAUUUUUGUGAUAGUUCGGCUAGUUUACGUGUUGAUCACGGGAAUAUAUCAAACAAUUCUGGAAGAUCAACACAAUCUGACAGUGUCUUGACGAAAACGUCAGUUGAGAAUUCAGAGAAUUUUUGUGAUAGUUCGGCUAGUUUACGUGUUGAUCACGACAAUAUUUCGAGCAAUUCUGGAAGAUCAACACAAUCUGACAGUGUCUUGACGAAAACAUCAGUUGAGAAUACGGAGAAUUUUUGUGAUAGUUCGGCUAGUUUACGUGUUGAUCACGACAAUAUUUCGAGCAAUUCUGGAGGAUCAACACAAUCUGAUAGUGUUGACCCAGUUCUGUCUACAGACCCUGCAAAAAAUGGUGGAAAGAAAAAUAUCUUGGAAAUCGGCUGUGGAGUGGGGAAUUCUAUUUUUCCUAUUUUGCAAUACAGUCAAGAAGAGAAUUUGUUCGUUUAUGGAUGUGAUUUCUCCAGUACUGCGAUAGAAGUGCUGAAACAAAGCAAAAAUUAUGAUACUAAAAGAUGUAAUGCGUUUGUAUGCGAUGUAACCCAGGGAGACUGGAAGGCACCUUUCGGUUAUGAAAGCCUCGAUGUUGUGAUUAUAAUUUUCGUCCUGUCCGCAAUUCAUCCCAAUAAAGUUGCAGCAGUAAUUGACAAGGUGUACAAGUAUUUGAAACCAGGUGGUCUGGCAGUAUUUAGAGAUUAUGGUCGUUAUGAUAUGGCUCAGCUACGAUUCAAGCCGGGACAAUGUCUACAGAAAAACUUCUACGCAAAAGGAGACGGGACGUUUGUGUAUUAUUUCACUAAAGAGGAAGUUGGAGAACUUUUCACUAGAGCUGGUUUUAUAAAGGAACAACUUCUGGAAGACAAGAGGUUACAGGUUAACAGAGGAAAACGUAUAGAAAUGUACCGCGUUUGGAUUCAAGGAAAAUUUAGGAAACCAGAAUAAAUGUAUUUUUAUUUUUUGUAUAAUGA